UAGCAUUCCUUCAUCAUUAUUUAAUUUAAAUUAGGGUAAAAAUAAGGUGAGGUCGAAUUCUGGAUCGAGAAUGGGGAGAAAGAAAGUGGAGCUAAAGCGAAUCGAAAAGAAGAUCUGUCGUCAAAUCACUUUCUCGAAGAGGCGAAAUAGACUGAUCGAGAAAGCACGCGACCUCUCUGUUCUCUGUGACGUCCAAGUCGCUCUCCUCGUCUUCUCCAGUAGUGGCAAGCUGUAUGAAUUCUCUAGCGCCGGCAGUUUGGCCAAAAUCCUGAAACGUCACAGGAGUUAUUUCGAAGAGAAAACUGCAUUGUCUAAUGGUGCUAAUGAUGCAGAGCUAUAUCACGGUAAAUAUGAAAAAAAAAUCAAGUCGUAUGCCGAGCUGUUGCAGACAGUACAAAGUAUCCACAGGCAAGUUGGGAAUUCAAACUUCGAGGAGCUGACCUUAAGCGACCUAGAACAAACGGAGAUGCAACUUGAUGCUGCACUGAGACGUACGAGAGCUAGAAAGACGCAACUGAUGUUGGAAACAAUUAAUGCCCUCCAUGACAAGGAAAAGACACUAAGGGAGGAAAAUCAACGUCUACAGACGCAGGUCGUAGCCAUGAACAAUGAGACUAAUGGCAUGAUGUCUGGAUCUUUUGAACCACUAUUUGGUUUGCUUAAACAGCAGGUUUGAAGGCCGCACUGCAUACAAAGUUAAACUUGAUGCUGGAAUUGAUCGGAAUGGCAGACAAUCUGGCAGUCGCCUGCAUGAUCUUAAAUGCACAUGCGUUAGCAAAAGAUAUGUACCAUAUUGUUCUUGUAUUUCCAUUGCAGCUUCUCUCUUCACGGCAAUAUUGAGUGAGUGUGUAAAUUAAGUUUCCUCCUCACCUCCGAAGUCUCUCAGACGCUUAUCACCCGUGUCUCCUAUCAUAUAUAGUGGUACUAUUCAUUUCUUUUUCUGCAUGUUAUGAUGAGGAUCGGAUGCACAACGUUAUAUUGUUGAAUUCUGUAAUGACAUCAAAUAUAUAAAUAUGAAAAGCUUGUGGUAAAUAUUCAUUUGGAAA